GGUGGCCAGCGCGGGUUGUCCACUAACGCGCAGCUAUAAAACACACUCGAGUGAAGGUUGGAGCCUUAGUACUGUGCUGGUGUGUGGAAGUGGCGGUGCUCCUCGUCUCCGGCUCUGUGGCUCUCCUCGCCUGCCCUUGCUCCUCCUGUGCCUCUCUUGAGGGUCCUCUCACACUCCUCAUGAACACUACUCGCCGCCUGCCUCUCAGCUUUGCCGGAGAUCGGUCACGGGCGGGAUUGUAUGGGCGGGAUUCACUCACGGGUUCUGAGGGUUACUUUCAGCAGUUUUAGGGCGACAUGUUUCGAACAACGACACCAGUAUUUUUUGCCGCGGUCGUACUCAUUGUGCAGGUAAAAUGCCAUGGCGACGUCAUCUCCCGCCUGGAAGUCACCUCCGAAGUGGGCCAUCGUUACGCCGUCACCCACGUCACGGCCGCCGUCACGAACAGCAAACCAAGGCCUUCUGAUCUCAAGUUUAAGAUGCUCCUGCCUUGGGGGGCUUAUGUCUCCACGCUAACCAUCGAAAACAAUGGAAAGAAUUACACGACGAUCGUAAGGGAGCGGCGCCCCCAUGAACGGCGGAGACCCGACCCCAACACUUCUACUAGUGAUUCAGAGAAAAAGAGUGCCACGAAGAAGAUCAAAACCACACAGACGUUCAGAGCAAGUGCCAGCGUGGGUGCCAACGAGAGUGCUGUGUUCUACCUCAAAUAUGAAGAGCUGUUGCAAAGAGUGAAGGGAAAGUACACUCAUAGGCUCUACUUAAGGCCUGCCAGUCAAAUCGGCCUGUUGGAUGUCAAAGUCCGAAUAUCAGAGAUGGAAAACAUCACUGAAUUUGAAGCUGAAAUUCCAAAUACACACAAUGACGAAAAUGGCGGGCUUUCUGAAUCUAAUGGAGUGCAUCAGGAGCGCCUAAGCCCUUCGGAAAUACUGCUAACUUACCGGGAGAAUAACAUCACUACGAGAACCAAAAAUAUACACAGUGAAGACGGAAACAAUGAAGAGAACGAUAAUGAUAGCAAAGAUGAGAAUAAAGUAGACAGCGAAGAGGAGAAGGAAGGUGUAUUAAGCAUUUCCUAUGAUGUGGAUAGACAAGCUGACGGAGGAGAAAUACAGAUCCUGGGAGGCUUCUUCGUCCACUACUUCUGCCCCGAAGGACUGCCCAAGCUGCCCACACACACGGUCUUCGUCCUCGACAUCUCCGGGUCCAUGUACGACUUCGGCAAACUCGACCAACUGAAGCUCGCUAUGGAGUCUAUUCUUCACAGUAUGAAGCCGGAGGAUUCUUUCGAGCGAGUGUUCCAAAGCUUAGGGAGAGGAUGA